AUGUCUACGUUUGACGGCUUCAUCAGGGAGUUUCCUGACAUCCAAGUCGACUACUUCCGCAGCACGCAGGGGAUGGCAUCACGGCGACCCUUGGCCGGCUUCCUGAGCCAUGUCCACAGCGACCAUCUCGUGGGGCUGGACACACUGCGCUCGCCGUUCGUGUACUGUUCGGCGGCAACACGGGCCCUGGUGUCGACACUGGAAAAGUACCCAUGCCACGUCAAUUUUGCCAAAGGCAUUCUCGAAGCACGCAAGCGGACGUACAAGCAUCUCCAGAAUCUUCUCAAACCCUUGCCUCUCGAUACGCCGACGACGAUUGAGCUGUCGCCCGGGAACCGCAUCCAAGUGACGCUCUUUGACGCCAACCACUGCCCUGGGUCUACCAUGUUCUUGUUUGAGGACGAGUACAAGGCGGCCCUCUACACGGGAGACACGCGCCUGGAGCCGUGGUUUGUCAACGCCCUCGUCCGCCACCCGUGUUUGGCCGAGUACACCGCCGGCCUGCGCACCAUUGACACAGUGUACCUGGACACCACAUUUGUCGAGAAGGGUGUUGAUUUUCAGACCAAAGCAGAGGGCUUGCGUGAGCUGUUACAGACGGUCGCGAGGUACCCUUCGGACACAAUCUUUUACCUGCGCGCUUGGACAUUUGGCUAUGAAGACGUCUGGACGGCGCUGGCCAAGGCGCUGCGCUCCAAGGUGCACGUCGACGAGUACAAAUUGCGUCUUUAUAGGUCCAUGGCGCCUUUGGCCGCCAAAGGCCAAAGUUCCAUUCCCAGUACACACGCCUAUGUCGACCCCGUUGCACCCAACCUUGUGGGAUUCAUGUGUGCCAACACCGCACAUGAUGGCUGCCUGAGCGUCGAGGAUGACGUGCGCAUCCACAGCUGUGAAAAGGGACUGGGAUACUGUCCCGCCAUAAAUCAGACGAAGCGGCCGGUGGUUUGGAUCCGUCCAAUUGUGUGCCGACUGCCACAUGGCCGCGGUGAGGUGCCGGAAGUCGGGGCCGGUGGUGGCGGAAAAGACCUCAACAAAGAGGCCGAGCUGGACGUGUACGGCCAGGGCGAGAUUGACCGACUGUGCGAACUGAUGUGCGCGGUGAAAGAUCUGUCCCAGGAGGAGAAAGUUGACCUCCAGACCCUGCUCGCAACGUCAAUUCAUGGCGACCAUCAAAUCCCCAUUCACAUUGACCCGGACAAAUUUCAAGAACAAGGGCAAGACUGGGAGAUGGACAUAAGUAGGAUCAGAUACGCUCUUCUUGAGACGGCGAAGCUUCAGCGCUGCUACGAGACCGGCUUGGCCUGGUCAAAUAUUAAAUCGGAGCCCAAAGGACACCCAACCGCCGUCAACGAGCUUUCUCAGACCAUCACCUUUCCUUAUUCGCGCCAUUCUUCCUACCGGGAGCAAUGCGAUCUUCUUGACAAGCUGCGCCCCAAGGACGUGUGGCCAUGUACGUUUCACCUAGAGGAAUGGUUUGCUGGCGGAGAGCUAGUUAUCACGGUUGAAGAUCUUUUCGGUCAAUACUGCUCGGGGAACACGUUCCGCCACGACGUUGAAGCGGCAGAGAAAUACGGCAAACGACCUGCAGUCGAUGGAGAGGAUGCGCAGAUUGUCAUCGACAGCCAGGUUACGACGCAACCAGACCAUGGCUCGAACCCGGAUGCCAUGUCUCUCCUAGAGACGCAAGACGAGCAAGCGGUCGGCGGUGAAUGUUCUCAAGAUCACAACGAACAUCGACUGGCCCAGGAAGGACGACGCCACCCAGCACUCAAUGAUUUCGAUUAUCCUUACUUUUACCUCAACACCACUGCCUCCUACGUUUCGAUGCAUGAUGGCACGGAAGACUCUCAGGCGACACAGAUUUCCGAAAUUUCUGGAGAGCGGCGUUUUGCCUCGCACCAGGCGGCCGUCAACAAUGCCGUCGGAGGUGGCGAGUGGGUGCACAUCGCACUGGCGAGCACCUCCGAUAACCACACGAUGCCAGACGUUGACCUGGGAUCUGGAUGA